AUGCGCUACUCAUCCCUUGUUGCCGCUCUCUGCGUGGGCGGCGCCCUGGCCUCCCCCGUCGACAAGCGCGCCUAUGUCACCGACCUGACCGUCGUCACCAAGACCGUCUAUGUGACCGCCGGCGGAGCUGCCGCGCCCACUCCUCCGCCCGCCCAGAACAAGGUCCCGUGGUGGAAGUGGCCCGGCAAGGUCGUCUAUCCCCCCGUCCCCAAGCCCCGCCCCUCUCCGCCGCCACCUCCGCCGCCGCCUGCGCCAACCCCUGCGCCUACUUCCGCCGCUCCUCCUCCUCCUCCUCCACCACCACCACCUCCUCCCCCUUCAUCAACCCCCGAGCCGCCCAAGGGUGACGAGCCCGAGCAGCCGCCACCGCCGCCCCCCAACGACCCCCAGCCCAAGCCGCCCGCCGACGACGACUACCGCGGCGUGGUGCUCUACCAUCACAACGUCCACCGUUCCAACCACUCCGCCCCAGCCCUGGAAUGGUCGACUGAUCUGGAAAGCAGCGCCCGGCAGCUCGCCGAGACCUGUGUCUAUGGACACAACACUGAAUACGGUGGCGGAGGGUACGGCCAAAACAUCGGCUACCAGGGCGGAUUCAGCAACAUCGCCUCCAUGAUCACCAACGCCAUGUACAACGGCGAGGCUCCCCUGUUCGAAAACGAGUACGGCCUGGCCAACCCGCGCAGCAACUUCCACGCCUGGGGCCAUUUCACCCAGAUUGUCUGGAAGAGCACCACCAAGGUUGCCUGCUACACGAAGCGCUGCCCCUCGCUGCGCGUUGCAAGCUCUGGCUCCACCGUGAACAAUGCUGAUUUCAUCGUCUGCAACUAUGGCCCGCCAGGCAACUACGCCGGGAGAUACGCUGAGAAUGUCCAGAGGCCACUGGGUAAACCCACCGUCACGGCCUAG